AUGGCUAGUGAGGAGAGUUUUGUUGUUUUGGUUCACCACAGAGGAUCCAUUAAGAGGAAAACUCGUUUCGGAGUGAAGUUCACAGACAAGGAUCCUCUCUAUAUUAUCGUUACUCCUACAAUGAGCUUUGAUGACCCUGUUAGAUCUGUACUGAUGAAGCUCGGUCUGGAAGGUGCGAAGCGGGUUAAGAAGUUUUUCUAUCGCAUUCCAAUCACGGUGUUCCAGGAUACUGUGAAGUAUGAUUGUUUCAUGAUUAUUAGCGAUGAGGACUUGCAAGUAAUUUUUCUUUGUCGGUGGCAGUUUCCGGAGGUGAGGACACCAGAGUUGUUGGCAAAGCUGGUUGAUGUGCCAAUAGUCCAACCUGUCGCCUCCCCGUCUUUUGCUGUUGAUCUCAACGGCAGCGGAGACGGCGAGGUAGGUUCAAGGGAAAAUCUGCCGAACGCUUUACUGGGCGUUGUACCGCUUGGCGUUGGAGACGAAUUGUUGGGUGAUGCAGAGGAAGAUGACGUCGAGCCGGAUAUGAUUGACGAUGACAGCGGCGAUGAUAUUGGAGCGAGUGAGGCUGCAUUGGCGAUAGGUGGUUCUAGCUCUGGCACACAGCAGUAUCCACCACAUUUUUCCUCUUUGGACUUGGAUGCCAUGAGGCAGGAGGGGGUUUCUGGGCACUCUGUUGGAUUUGGAGCUAGAGAUGCGGAAGGGACUGCUGGUCUAACAGAGUUCCAGGUUGGUCAGCAAUUUCAGGAUAAAGAUGAGGCCCUGUUAAGUGUGAAGACUUACAGCAUCCGACGAGGGGUACAGUACAAGGUAGUCGAGUCUGAUUAUCGCCGGUAUGUGGGCAAGUGUUCUGAGUUUGGGAAUGGGUGCACAUGGUUGAUUCGACUGAGUCUCCGGCAGCGCAAGGGCAUUUGGGAGGUCAAACGAUACAAUGGACCUCACACUUGUCUUGCCACCUCCAUCUCGAGUGACCACAGGAGUUUGGAUUACCAUGUGAUAUCGGCGUUCAUUAUGCCAAUGGUUAGGGCUGAUGCAUCCGUCAGCAUCAAGGUGCUCCUGAAUGCCACGGCAGCACACUUUGGGUUUAAGCCGACUUACAGGAGGGUCUGGAUGGCGAAGCAGAAGGCUGUUGCCCUCAUCUAUAGUGACUGGGAUGAGUCAUACAACGAGCUGCCCAGGUGGGUGUUGGGAGUCCAGUUGACGAUGCCUGGUACUAUUGCAGUCCUAAGGACUAGCCCCGUUCGAGUUGGAGGACAGGUAGACGAGUCUCAAGCUUAUUUUCACAGACUUUUCCGGAUGUUUCCACCGUGCAUCGAGGCAUUCCGUCAUUGCAAGCCGCUAGUCAGCAUUGACGGCACCCAUCUGUAUGGCAAGUACGGGGGAACGUUGCUCAUCGCAAUUGCACAGGACGGGAACUCCAACAUUCUACCUGUUGCAUUCGCACUACACGUGACACCGCAGCCGGGUCUGCUGGUUAUAUCGGACAGGCAUAACGGCAUCAAGGCUGCACUUGAGGCUCCUGACGGAGGUUGGUUACCUCUAUCUGCAUACCGUGCAUUCUGCAUUCGACACAUAGCUACUAACUUUGCCCUUACCUUCAAGGGCAAAGAAGCACGGAGGCUUCUUGUGAAUGCGGCGUAUGUUAAGACUGAGGUUAAGUUUGAUUACUAG